AUGUUGCGUGUUCAAUCUGAAUCCGGCGUAUCAAUCCCGAUCCGAUUCCUGGUAUCAGCCCACGGUCCGUUUAUUCUGGGCCUUCGAGCAGCGCGGCUACUACAAGGAUCCAUCACACUACACACCAACAACGAUAUGCCAAUCAACUCACAUCUUCAACAUUUGAUUGUACAAUGUUUCGGUAACGUUGGUGGCAUGAAAGUACCGUCGGUGAAGUUGGAAGUGGACGGUGAACCUGUUUUCCUAAAACGACGCGUCCUCCCAUACGGUCAACAGAAAGGUGUCCUGAAAGCAUUACAGAACAUGGAGCAGGAUGGUGUGAUAAGUAAAGUUGAAUCCAGUGCCUGGGCUACAUCGAUUGUCGUGGCGAUGAAAAGUGAUGGUAGGACACCACGGAUCUGUAGAGACUAUCGACUGACGUUGAAUCACAGAUUGCGGAGAUGUGCAGCGACCACCGUGGAACCAGAGGAUUUCAUGAAGUCAUUGCAUGGGAGCCAGUAUUUUUCCAAGAUCGAUUUGGCGGACGCACACCUACAGAUUCCACUCGAUGUCGAAUUUCGCUACUUAACAACAAUCAACACGCCGUGGGGAAUGUAUCAGUACAAUUUUCUCCCAUUCGGAUUGUAUGUGUAG